AGAUCAAGUUACUGGAGUACAUUGACUGCAGCACUAUUAAAUCUUUUCUACUGCUACUUUUUUUCUACUACUACAAUUUUUCUAUUGAAAACUAGCACAAAAUGUCAAUCGGACUACUUUUGACUGAAGUUAUAGUGUCCUUUUGCCUUGCAGCAACUUUGCUGUAUAGGUAUGGAAAUAUUUUCCGAAAUCAUUUAAUAGUUACACUAUCAGUUCUGAUUGCUUGGUACUUUUCAUUACUUAUUAUAUUUGUAUUGCCUUUGGAUGUGUCUUCGACUGUUUUUCGACAAUGUGUCAAUAAUAGUAUUAACAUUGAUGAUUCAUCAAUAGUUCAUGCUCUUGAAAAUGGUUCAACAACCAUCCUGCCGCCAACACAUCAGUGCAAAGAGCCAUGGUCAAUGGUACCAGUACCAGAAAGAGUUUACCGAAAUCUUUGGAGAGUUGUUUAUUGGACCUCUCAGUGUUUAACAUGGCUCAUAUUACCAUUAAUGCAGUCUUAUAUAAAAGCUGGUGAUUUUUCUAUUCAAGGAAAACUAAAAUCUGCAUUAAUUGAUAAUGCUAUUUAUUAUGGAAGCUAUCUAUUUAUUUGUGGAGUAUUGUUAAUCUAUUUAGCAAUGAAACCAGGGGUUGAUCUUGAUGGCCCAAAAAUCAAGGCAAUUGCCUCUUCAGCAUCAAAUACCUGGGGUUUAUUUUUAUUGGUUCUUCUUCUUGGUUAUGCUCUUGUUGAAGUACCCAGAGGUUUGUGGAAUGCUAGUAAACCAGGUUAUACUUUGCACUACAGUUAUUUUAAAGCAGCUAAACUUAGCAUGGAUAAAGCUGAGGCUGAAGAUACUGUUGCUGAUGUGUUAGAGUCUCUUCAAGCUGCUAAUAUGGCUAUCAAUCCUGGUCAUCCUUUCCACAAUCAUUUAGAAACAAUAUUUCAAAAAGUUCCAGCUGAAAUGAAAGACAUGAUGAAUAGAAGGCAAUUACCAGAUGAUACACCUAUAGAUAUACCAUCAGAAAAAGCUCUGAUUCGUUUGCAUAGAAAUACUAUAAAAUCUUUGCAAACAUUGCAAAGAACUGAAACUCAAUGGGGUAUUUUAGUAGAAGAUAUUUUUAAUUUGGAAGAUAUCGCAAGAAAUCAAACUAGUCAUGAUAAAAGAUUUAAGCCCAGUUUUCCUGUGCAACGUUCCGGAAUAUCGCGAUAUUUUUAUAAUCCCAUUAUAGAAUGGUAUUGGAAAUGCUUUUUCAAAAGUUACAUACAAAAAGCCUUAUCUGUACUCUCAGCCAUGUUAUCAAUUGCAGUUGUUUGGUCAGAAGUUACCUUUUUCAAUGAAAAACCUGUGCUUUCGUUAUUUGCAAGAUUUGUCAAUAUGGCAAAAGCAAAAUAUGAUUAUUUUACAAUUGAGAUGCUGUCAACUUUGGUGAUUGCAUAUUUAUGUUAUUGUGCUUACUCUACGGUUCUGAAAAUUCGAGUAUUGAAUUUAUAUUAUUUGGCACCUCAUCACCAAACAAAUGAAUAUAGUUUAAUAUUUAGUGGUAUGAUGCUGUGUCGAUUAACGCCACCAAUGUGUUUAAAUUUUUUGAGUUUGAUUCAUAUGGAUUCACAUAUUAUAAAGCAGCAAUUUAUGGAGACACAGUAUACCCAGAUUAUGGGCCACAUGGAUGUUAUAAAUAUAAUAUCUGAUGGAUUUAACAUUUAUUUUCCUAUGGGAAUGCUUGCAUUUUGUUUAGCAACUUACUUUAGUCUUGGUAGCCGAAUGUUAUCCAUGCUCGGCUUUCAACAAUUUUUGGGUGACGAUGAGCUUACAACUGAUCUCGUUGAAGAAGGUCGUGAAUUGAUCAAAAGAGAGAGGCGAAAACGUCAAAGACAGGAGGACGCAAUUAGUCGCCGGCGUGAAUUUCAAGAGAGAUUACCAAGCAGCGGAAACGCUUCGCGCUACAGAAGUUCAAGACAAAGCAAUGACACGGUGCGCUCGAUGAAAAGGGACGAUUCGAUCGAUUCAGCGCGAGCUGGACUGCUGCGUGAUUUUGAGGCCAACAAUGGUGUUUCGUCGACAACGACAGAUUACGUGCAGCACGUCAACCGAUCAGCCAGCAACCAGUCAUUCAACAAUGAUGGCUCCUAUUAUGGAACCAGUGAAUCCAACCGUUUCGACCGUGGCUACCCUGCCGACGAUUAUUCGGACUUUGCCGGUGAUAAUUUCUGGAACUACACAAGCGAUAGCAAUCGCGUCGGCCCGGCACCACGGGGACUAUUUGAUGAUAUUUGAACAUGCUACGAUCCUCGUUGUUCAAUGGCAAUGAGUUUGACAAGAAAUAUGCAUUUAACUGUAUCGAGUUGGUACGUGUGAAAGUCAUUUUGUACAUCAAUGAACACCAGAGUGCGCCGAACAAUAAAAUAACUGUACGAUAAUCAAUAUGAAGAUAAUCUCAGUUGGUAUCAAUAGUUCAUUACUUUAGAAAUUGUAUACUUAUUGAUGGUUCCAUUUGAAAUUCAUUAUUAUACUCAUGCAAAAUAGUAUAGCGUAGUUUUGCCAAAAACUACCAAUAAGUUGUUUCGGGCACAUUCAAAUACGGCCACGAAGUAAUGCUAUGCUCUGGAGAUGCAAAAUUUAAUCACUUUCAAUGCAUACGAUUUGAGAUAAAAUAAUUAACCCAAUUGAUGCACAAAUAACGUCAAUAUCUUUGGUAGAUUUUACGAGAAAAAAGUUAGUUAUUUAAUAACAUAUAAUAAUUGAGUCUAAACCUAGAUCAAAACCUUAUUAAAAACUUUUUACAAACAAACUUGUGUCAUAUUCCCUUCAACUCAUUUGCUUUAAAAUUUAUUCAGAUUCUAAUAUCGAUUUACGAUAUAAAAAAAAAAAUUUAGAGGUGUUAUAAAGAUUUUCACUUUAAAUCUUCGAUACGAAUAUAAAUUUUUUUUAUUUACUCACUUUCUAUAAUUUUUUUUUUAAUACAAAGGUAAUUUUGUUUAAUUGAUAUGUUUUUUUCUGUUUAAAAUGAAAAUUAUAGAAUUUUUUAGAAAUGGAUUUUUAGUUCCGAGAUACAUACCUAAUAAAUUCAUUUAGCUCAUCUGUAUUUAUGAAUUUUUGAUGUAUAAAUCGAGUACCACUACCGAUAUAGAUUAUAAAAAGUGUCGCACCAUCAUUAGUAAAUUAAUGUAGUUAAAUUUUUUAUCUCAAGUAUAAUUAUGAUAGCGAUGGGCUAAUUUGGACGAGGUUUCGAUUAUGUGAAAUCUGUGCACUUUUCAUAGUUAAAAUUUGUAAGAAGUUUUACGUAAUUUGAGCACCUCGAAUAUAUUGUAGCGAAAAAGGCCGGUGCGCUGUAUAUGAGGAGCGUAUAUGCCUCAACUCUCUCUGCCAUACUUGCCAGAGGGAGCGCGCUCCUCGAUAAACGGACGUUAAGGGAUUAUAUGUUCAAGUCAAUAGUUUAUGUUUAAUGCUCAACAGAUAAAUAGAGGACUUUAAUCAAAUUGACAAAUACCAUAAAGCGUAAAAUUAUUUUUUUCAGAAUUAAAUUUCAUGAUGUUUUUUUAACAUUUGGUAUACAUAAACAUUGUUGUUUUUUCAACAGUAAAAAUAAUUAUAAGUUAAUUUGUAUACACACCAUAUUUUUGUGGAAUUGUUAAAGUUUAAAAAAAAUUGCAUUCCACAUUUACCAUAAAGAUUAUUGACACGAUUGUGGUAAAUAAAUUUAUCCUACAGUGAAAAUGAAAAAUAUCCAG